UUCCCUCCCUAGUUUUUGUUUAUUCUAGGCGAGAGCUGCAGUCUAUCAGAGUCAUACUUGUGUGGUAGCAGGGGCACGCACACACAAAAACACAGAAAGAAAAAGAAGAAGAAGAAGAAGAAGAAGGACAAGGGAAAGGGGGAGAAAUGGCAGCACAAGCACUCGUGUCAUCAUCUCUUACCUCUUCAGUGGAGACUGCUAGGAAAGUGCUAGGAGCAAGACCAACCCAGUCACCAUUCGUGUCCUCAAGGAAAAGCUCUUUUGUUGUUAGAGCAGCUUCUACUCCCCCUGUUAAGCAAGGAAACAGGCAGCUGUGGUUCGCAUCGAAACAAAGCCUGUCUUACUUGGAUGGCAGCCUUCCAGGUGACUUCGGAUUCGACCCACUCGGACUUUCAGACCCUGAAGGCACAGGAGGUUUCAUUGAGCCAAAAUGGUUAGCCUACGGUGAGAUCAUUAACGGACGAUAUGCCAUGUUGGGGGCGGUUGGUGCCAUUGCACCAGAAAUUCUUGGAAAGGCUGGCCUCAUACCUCCGGAGACCGCCCUCCCUUGGUUCAGGACUGGUGUCAUCCCACCGGCCGGGACAUACAGCUACUGGGCAGAUCCAUACACGCUGUUUGUUUUCGAGAUGGCACUCAUGGGAUUCGCAGAGCACAGGAGGUUACAGGACUGGGCAAAACCAGGUUCCAUGGGCAAGCAGUAUUUCCUGGGAUUCGAGAAGUAUUUGGGUGGGUCCGGAGAACCAGCCUACCCUGGCGGACCCUUGUUUAACCCCCUUGGAUUUGGGAAAGACGAGAAGUCGUUGAAAGACUUGAAGUUGAAGGAGGUGAAGAAUGGCAGGUUGGCUAUGUUGGCCAUCUUGGGUUACUUUGUGCAAGGUCUCGUGACCGGAGUCGGACCAUACCAAAACCUCCUGGAUCACCUGGCCGAUCCUGUCCACAACAAUAUCUUGACCAGCCUUAAAUUUCAUUAGGGCUCAUUCUUGCCUGUUUGGGGAUAGGAAUAGACCCCCCUCUGAACCCCUUUCCAGUCCUCUCCUACUCAUUGUAACCAUUGGUGUGAAAAGCUCUUUUGUAAUUCUCUGUAAGAAAAUCUCCCUCUCUUGUUUCUCUUGUGAUAAUGAAGCAGCUUAAUUAAUGGCCAUAA